AUGUCUGCUUCCGCCUCUCAGAAGGCCAGCCACCAGGACUUUGACGUCGAUGAGACGCUGGAGAAGCUCACUUUGGGAGAGAAGAUCUCAUUGCUCUCGGGGACGGACUUUUGGCACCUGGCUGGUAUACCAAGGCUUGGAAUACCUGCCAUCCGCACUUCGGAUGGCCCGAACGGCGUGAGAGGAACCAAGUUCUUCAAUGGCGUGCCGGCGGCAUGUUUGCCAUGCGGUGAGCUGGCCAACCUACCGAUUCAGCUUCACCACUAAUGGCUUCAUCAAGGAACUGCCCUCGGAGCGACCUGGGAUGCCGAUCUGAUCCGCAAGGGUGGCGAGCUUAUGGGCCACGAAGCCAUUGCAAAGGGAGCUUCUGUCUUGCUAGGACCGACCGUCAAUAUGCAGCGCGGACCAUUAGGCGGCCGGGGGUUUGAGUCUUUCUCGGAGGACCCCGUACUUGCGGGAACCCUUGCUGCUGCGUCUGUCAACGGAAUUCAGUCCACGGGCGUGGCUGCCACGAUCAAGCAUUUUGUCUGCAACGACUUGGAGGACAAACGUAUGUCCAGCAAUAGCACUCUAUCAGAGCGAGCCUUGAGGGAGAUCUAUCUUCUGCCAUUCCAGAUCGCGCAGAGAGACGCCAAGCCGUGGGCUUAUAUGACUGCUUACAAUCUUGUGAAUGGAUUGCACUGCAGUGAGAAUCCAAAGCUGCUCAAGCAGAUUCUUCGCGAUGAAUGGGGCUUUGAUGGGCUGGUCAUGUCUGAUUGGUUUGGCACAUACUCAACGACCGAGUCAAUAAAGGCUGGACUAGACCUUGAGAUGCCGGGCCCAGCGAAUCUCAGAGGCAAACAAGUUGGACUUGCGACUAGUUGUGGAAAGCUGCUGAAACACCACAUUGAUGCACGAGCAAAAGAGGUCUUGAAGCUCAUCAAGAAAGUUUUGCCGCUUCAGAUACCGGAGAGCGCCGAAGAGCACACUUUGGACUCACCGGAGACCGCUUCUCUUCUUCGGUCAAUCUCUGCCGGCAGUAUAGUGCUCAUGAAGAACGAGAAGCAAGUAUUACCCUUCAGCAAAGACAAAACCACCGCGGUCAUUGGUCCUAACGCAGCCUUUGCUGCUUAUUGCGGAGGAGGCUCUGCUUCGCUUCUACCGUACUACACGGUGACUCCGCUGGAUGGAAUCAAGUCACAGUCGAGCAAUGUACAAUACGAGCUUGGCGCGCCGGGCUGGAAACGUCUACCUCUGCUAUCAGACAAUGUCAAAACGACAGACGGCAAGACAGGACUGCUCAUGAAGAUGUUUCUCGACCCACCAUCGGCGACUGGUCGUGCACCAUUCGACGAACUUCACAUUGGAGACACUCAGGUAUCUCUGUUUGACUACAAGAACCCUAAGCUUGACAGCUGGCUAUUCUAUGCGGACAUUGACACCACCUUUACCCCCGAACAGACUUCAGAAUACGAGUUCAGUGCUUCUGUAGCGGGCACAGCUCAGAUCUUCGUUGAUGGAAAGCUGGUGGUUGACAAUGCAACCAAGCAGUAUCCUGGAGACUCGUUCUUUGGUGUUGGAACUCGAGAAGAAAUCGGAUCCAUCGCUCUGGAAGCUGGAAAGACUUACGAUGUCCACAUUGAAUUUGGCUCAUUGCCGACUAUAACUUACAAGAAGGAUGGCGUUACAGGCUUUGGCGCUGGAGGACUGAGAGUUGGAUGUCACCGAAAGCUGGAUCUAGAUGUCGAAAUCGAGCGUGCUGUUGCACUAGCCAAGAAAGUUGAUCAAGUGGUUCUUUGCGCUGGCUUGAAUAGUGACUGGGAGUCUGAAGGCUACGAUCGAACUCACAUGGAUCUCCCUCCUGGGUCUGACAGGCUGAUUGAAGCCGUGCUGGCGGCAAAUCCGAAGACGGCGAUUGUUGUGCAAUCAGGCACUCCAGUGACGAUGCCGUGGGCCGACAAGGCGCCAGCUGUCUUGCAAGCUUGGUACGGCGGCAACGAAACUGGUAAUGCGAUUGCGGAUGUCAUCUAUGGAGACACAAAUCCGUCUGGCAAGUCCUCUUUGAGUUUCCCACGACGCAACGAAGACAAUCCGGCUUUCCUCAACUUCAAGAGCGAUGACAACAGAGUCUUUUAUGGAGAAGACGUGUAUAUCGGCUAUCGAUACUAUGAGAAGAGUGGACUGGAUGUGCUCUUCCCAUUCGGACAUGGAUUGAGCUAUACCACUUUCGAGAUGAAAUCGGUCCAAGUAGACGCCCCCGACAACUCCGACGAGGUCGUCGUUUCGGUGGAUGUUGCCAAUACUGGAUCCACCGCAGGAGCCGAAGUCGUUCAGGUAUACGUUGCAUCUCAGACUUGCAGCAUUAGCCGGCCGAAGAAGGAGUUGAAAGGCUUUGCCAAGGUCUUUGUCGAGCCUGGACAAUCUGCAAAGGCGGAGAUCAAGCUGUCGAAGAAGUAUGCUACUUCUUUCUAUCAUGAAGGCAAGGAUGCUUGGGUCUCGGAACAGGGAACUUACAAGGUCUUGGUGGGCAAUUCGAGUGCGUACACACCGCUGGAAGCGACACUCGAUGUUGCCAAGACUCUCGUUUGGAAGGGGUUGUAG